AUGAUUCCAGAUAGAAAGAAAAGGAAACAGAUAGAUCAGAAUAUUACGGAAGAAGAAAUUCUAAUAAGGAAGCAUGACAUCCAGUACAACAUAUCAACGAGGAUGCACCCAGAAUGGCUUCUUCACAAUGAUGUGACCUCAAGAAAAAUUUUCACAAUAAUCGCGGCAAAAGAAUAUCUUCAGAAGGACCAGACAAAAAAACGUCGGGAAGCUAGCAGGAGAAGAAAAAAUCUUCAUAAGGAAAAUAAGGAACGGAACAACAUCUUUACAAUGUCCCGGAAAAGGGGCAUCUUCAUAGAGAAAAUCACACCCAAAAGAAUAUCUUCAGAAUGCCGCCAAAAAGGGUACAUCAUAAUAAAAAAAUGA